AUGAGCGCUCCACGUACCGUCCCGCCUGCCCCUGCUCAUGCACCCGUACCAUUACCGAAUCCUCAAAAUGCUCCAACUCAGAAGAAAUACUCUGAAGGAAGUAUGUAUGAAGAUCUGUCGCCGGAGGAUGUGGAAGCUUGGCAUAGACGGUAUGCGGAAUUCAAGGAAUGGAGAAAAGCAAUACCAAAUAAGGCUUUGGUGGAAUUAGGAGCUGGAACAGGAUCAUCGAUGAGUUCAGGUAAGGGUGUUGGAGUAGGUUCAGCCGAUUGGAGCUGGUCUGAACCUUCGGAUAACGGUACGAUACCUUCGACGAUCGUUGAAAGAGCUUGGGAAACAGCUAGAGCGAGAAGUAAUUUGGGUCCUCAAGCUGAACCCCCCGCUCCUUCUCCUCCCAAAUCAGGUUUAUCCAAGAGGUCGUCGAAGAGAAAUAUGAACUUGCAAGCUAGAGUGGAAACGUUACAUGCGACUGAAACUCGACCUUCUCAACCUGCUUCAAAAGCUACAACAGUCAGAGCGCCCUUAUCCCAGAAACCUGUUCCAUCACAUAAUAUCGCCAACAUCCAGAAAACCGAUAAAUCACUCAAAACACCUACGAUAGAAAUCCAACCUCCCUCAAGUAAAAGUCCAAAUCAAGUACCUCUUCCAUCUUCCAAGCCCGCUCAAUCCCAAGCACAGCAUUCAAUCUCAUCACAAAAACCUUCCUCCUUCGCUAAACCUACUCGACUACCACCUACGCCUCUCCUCGCUCAACCACCUAGCGCAGACAAGAUUAUCAUCCCCUCCUCCGAACCGAAAAUCAUGUCCCGUUCACCCUCAACGAGAGGUUCGCUCGUACCCGGAGAGCAAAUUAUUCCUUCCCCUACCCCCUCGACUAAAUAUGCAGAAAGAGAAGCAUAUAUCGCUUCUGCGCUUUCAUUACCCCUUGACAUGCUGGCCGAAACGAAUGGACCACCACGAACAGAUUCCAGCACGCAAUUCACCACUGGUAGAUUGGAUUCCCUGUUGGGUAAAGGGAAAAGUGCAAGUAGGACGAAAGGAAGUCAGAGAUCUGUUGGAAGUAGUUCGACCCUUCCUUCAGUCAGAAGCGAGAAUGUAGCGAAAAGAAAAGCUAGUGCACAUGAUUUAACCAGAAGUCAGACGGCAUCGGGUGUAUCGACUAGAAGCAGAGUUAGUGAACGGGCUUUGACCGAUCAUAGGGAGCACCAUUAUGAGGGUUCAAAUCAUCUACCCGUACCCGGUCCCCCCACGAACAGAUCCAGAGCACCGUCUGAUGCUACAGUCGUCCGAGCUGCCAAUCAGCCUCUCCCACCAUCAGCUCAGAGUCAGUUUCAAGCUUCCGCCAUAGCUCCGGCUAAUUCUCCAGCAACUCAAGCCUCAGCUUCGCGCUCUGCUCCACCACCUACGCAGCCCGCCGCCUCACAAGCGACUUUCAUCCGAGCUUCUCGUGAACCUUUGCCGCUGUCGGUCCCCAGUGCCACCACUCAUGCUGAGACUAUCAAAGUGCCUGCCUCCGUAAAGACCGUCAUAGCGUCGUCUGGUCCUGCCACCAAGGUUCCUCCCACCGAAGCCACUGUGAGUAGAGCGGCGAACAUCGGGUUACCUCUUACUACAGGUCGAACAGGGACUGUUCGAUCGUCCGCAUCAACGGUGAAAACGGCGGGAGAAUUACUCUCCGCUCGGAAUGUACCUUUACCGCCUGCCGUUCUCACUGCUGCUUCCACGGCGGUGCCGAAGAAAGAAUCCGCUCCCACGCAUCGCCAACAGAUGCCACUUCCUCGUCCGGCUCUUACGCCUCAGCCAUCGUUUGAUGGCCUGACAAAAGCCACCUCGCUCGGUCGGAAACAUCGAGAUCCGUCUUUGGGCGAUCUCACAGCGCAUUUUGAACCGAGUAUGUACCCUCUUCCGCCGAGUGGAGCUACCCUGUUCUCUAGUCCUGAACAGGUCGGUAAUUUGCCUUCCAAACCAAGCGAAGAGCAUGCAGUAGCCUUCUCGACUGUCGAGUACAUCCCUCCCAAAUCGCUCAAGUCUACUACGCAAGCGUCUACUCCGGCAGUGCAGCCGACCGUCCAAUCGCGAUCUGUCAAGUCCGUGCCUCAGACUUCCGCUAGCCGAGCUGCAGCGAUACCACUCCCACCAUCUUCCGCAGCAUUGUCGGCUAGCUCGACGCCAAAAGCGACCCCUUCUGCACCUGCUCCUAGCACCGUGUCACCUCCUGCCCCUCCCCCACCACCAGUCACGUCUCCUGUCGAGCCUGCCCACGUGCCAGCUACCAUCCGAAACUCGGCAGCACAAGAGGAGGUAUCCCGCCCGGUAUCAAAUCGCUUGUCGAACCCACCGAUCGAACCUCCUAACCUUACGCAAAUCUCAACCGAGUCUCGGAGCCCAGCUCAUACCCAUCCUCAUAUUCAUUUCUCACCUGGACAAGUAUCCCAAUCUCUUAGAUCGGAAGAUGAUCACGUAUCUUUCGAAGUGCCUUCUGGCUCUCGAGGUAGACUCAGAGUCACACUGAAAUGGUUCAGAGAAGGUGGAAGAUCAGAUAGAGGAUCUCCUCGGACCGGAAGACUGAAUGUAGUCGAGGAAGAUGCUCCACCUCCUUUACCUCCGAAGACUACCAGUCUGAAGAGUAAGGUCAUGGGAAAAUCUAGCUCAAUUCAGAGAGAAAGACCUCGAUCGGAGAAUCCGCCGCCUUCCACUCAUCAAACUUCACAUGCUGAAGAUCACCGACAUCCUAUUCCUCAGGAUGAACGACCUGAACUUUUGCCUCCUCCACCAAAAAGAGAUGAUCUGAAAUCGCCUUCGUCCGAUGAUCAAUAUCCACCGGACCAACAAGCUCAACAACAGCAUCAUCCUGCGGGCCCCGCACCGUUUUACAACCCUUACUAUUCUGGUGCUACUUUACCUGCGUACGCUGCUGCCAUGCCUCAGGUGUACAACAUGUUAUCACCACCUAUGGCAUACCCUCAACCUGGUUUACCCGCGGGGGGAGGACCUACGGGACAGUACAGACCUGCUCAGCGUGGUGUGAUGGCUCAACAUCCGCCACCUAUUGAUCCUGCUUCUCCAGCUAGAGAAAGCGUUGAUCCUCCGUCCGAUGUGGAUCCUUCUCCACAACCUCAACUUCGACCUCAGCCUACUCAGCAACCAUAUCAGGGAUAUCCACCUCAUAUGAUGGGUUACCCCCCUCAACAAGGGUACUGGAACGGUAUGACUAGACCCUCCAUCUGGCAAAGGAUGUUUCGAAAACCUUCUCAAGGUCAAGGUCAAGGUCAAGGUCAAGGACAAGGAGAGGACAACAUAGGACCUGACGAUAGCGUCACGAUACGUAAUUGGAGGAAGGGAGUCCAACCUGGUGGAAGAGCUCCAACAAUGUUACCUAAUGUUACUCCUCAAAGGGGUGUUCCUACUGUCGUUCCUCCUCGACCAACUUUGGCUAAUACUGCUUAUCCCGGUACGGGAAUGGGAAUGGGAAUGAUGGGUACCCCCAGUGGACCUGGAACCACAUUGUAUAAUGCUCGAGGGGGAUAUCCGAUGGCCCGAUCUCCAAGAGAGAGGGGAAGAGGCAGGGAAGGUACACCGAGUGUAUGGGAGAAAUUGAUGUAUCGCCGUCAAACUGAAGAAGCGAUUUAUAGAUCACCUCCGAGGAAGAAUCGAAGAGAUUUGCCUGAUCCUGCCCCUUCACCUUCUCCUUUAGGUGCAAGAAAGAAUAUCUUCAAUAGAUCAAGAUUUGGAGAAGGGACCAAAAUUAGACCGAGGUAUGAGGAUGAUAGCACUAGGAGAAGAAGGGAUAAAGAUGAUAGGUAUGUCAUUAGACAGAAGGAAAAGGAUGAAAGAAGAAGACAGAGGUCACUUAGGAGAGAUCAACGAGCGACUGCUCAGCAGACUCAUGGAGAGGGACAAGGACAAGGGUUAAGGAGGGAACAGUUUUUGUAUGCUGAUGAGAGGGAUAGACCGGGUGAUUUGGGUUCGGCUCCAGCAAGAGGAAGGUCGGGGACGUUGGUGGGAGAGUGGGUUGGGAAAUUUGGGAGAGGAAGGACUGGACAACAGUUCCCAAAUUCCGAAUCUCAAGUUAAAAAUUAUCAACCGAGAUUAUGGAAAGAUCGAUUGACAUUCAACAAUCGCCGUACCCCAGGUCAAGUCGAAAGGACGCAAGCUCAACCGCAGCCUCAACUUCGGACUAACGAUCGAGGACAAAGAACGACUCUCCGAAGGACACUGAGGACUACGGAGAGGGUCAAUCCUGCUGCUCGAACGGGAGGGAAUGCGUUAGGAUUGGGAGGAUUGGGAUUGGGGUAUGGUAAUUCUCAAAGACAAGAUAGGUCUCGAGGAAGGGUAGAAGGUACGGGUUUGGGGAUGAGAGGGAUGAUUGGCAGGUUGAAUCUGAAUAGGAAGGAUGGAGCUACUACCAACAGAGGAAGGAGGAUGUGA